AUGCCAUUUCCUAUUAACAACCAAAAUACUUUAAACAUACAAGAUCCACUUCCUAUUAACUACAAAAAUACAUCAAACAUACAAGUUCCAUUUCCUCCAUCUACCAAUGCAGAUGAAAUUGUACAAUUACAAAUAAAAAAUGGAAUUAAGAGCGUUAAUCAAACUAUGAACGCGUUUAUGAUUUAUCGAAAAGAAUUUAAUCAUAUAGUUACAAAUUAUAAUCUUGAACUUAAAGAUAUAUCUUCAUAUGCUAGCAAUUCAUGGCAAAAUGAACCACAAUGUGUUAAAAACCAUUACAAACAGUUAGCUAAAAAGGUUAAAGAACUUUUCAAAGAAAAGGUUUCUUCUCUUUGUUUCAUCCACAAUAAGCAAGUACCUAGUACAAAUGACAACAAUGUCUCUUUAGACACCUUUAAUUCUCCAUUUACCAAUAUGAAUCAAAACUUUACUUCACCUCUUGGUGAUCAAAACUUCCCAUAUACUAUCUACUCUAACACGUUUGUAUUUGAUAAUUUUGAAAAUUCUCUUCAAGCAUAUAUGACUAUGGAUGACGAAAAACUCAUGAGUUAUCUUUCCGAAGAUUUGGCUUUAACUUAUAGAGCAAUCAUUCAAUCAUUACCAAUUUAA